AUGAGUAGUGGUGAUUCGAUAUCAACCUAUGAUUAUUUGGUGAUCGGUGGUGGUUCUGGUGGUAUAGCGAGCGCUCGUCGGGCAGCCGAAUUCAAAGUAUCCGUGGGUCUGAUCGAAGAGCGACGCCUCGGAGGCACAUGCGUUCGUUUUGCUUUUUUGCUUCAAAGAGUAUAUAUUUUAUCAGUUAAAAACUGA